CAACAGAGUCGGGGAGCAUUCAGUUGAAUUUUGUUCUCCAACGAAACGUGUUGUGUUCUCUGCUAAACACUCAGUGAUUUAUUAUUGUUCAAAAUAACUUUUUGUUUGCGUAAAAUAACGAUUAUCUAAAAUGUCUGAGCCCACAGUGUGCGGAAAAUGCAAGGGAGAAAUCAAAGGAAAGACCCUUACUGCAUUGGGAAAGAGCUGGCAUCCAGAACAUUUCGUAUGUUUGGUUUGCGAAAAACCAAUUACGGCAGUUACAUUUAACGAACGUGAUGGAAAUCCAGUGUGCAGUGAUUGUUUCGCAAAGAAAUACUCAGAGCAGUGCCAUAAAUGCCACAAGGCUAUCGUGGGCAAAGUAGUGAAAGCAAUGGGAAAGACUUGGCACGAAGACCAUUUCGUUUGCGCUGGACCAUGUAAAAAGCCAAUGGCCGCCGUGCCAUUCUUUGAACGGGACGGAAAGCCUUUCUGUAAAGCCGACUUCGAGAAGCUAUUUGCCGCCAAAUGUAAGGGUUGCGAAGAGCCUAUAACCGAGAAAACGAUUAUUGCAUUGAAUUCUAACUGGCAUCAGGAUUGCUUUGUGUGCAACCGGUGCAAAAAGCCAGUUGAAGGGGACACCUUUGCAGUGGAAAACAAUAUGCCAGUUUGCAAUAGCUGCAUUUAAACAGAAUUACAAUACCAAACGCUUUAUUGAAUGUUAAUUUCUUUUCUCUCUGAAUUUAAUUCGCUUCUUAUUUAUCACAAUAAAUUACCAAUAAAAAAAAUUCUAUUUACGUUA